AUGGCUGACGCAACUCCCCCUCCUUCACUUCCUCCUCCACUGUUUUCCCCUGGCUCGGAUAGCAUGGUCACUCACCACCUAGAUCAACUUCCAAAGACAAUUACUUGCGGGCCGAAAGAAACAGCACCAGAUGAAUGGGCUCGAUGGAUCUCUGGCUUUCGCUCGUCGAAAGUCAUCAAGGGUGAUGGGGUCAUCACCUCCAAGAUCAUUAAGGCCAAUUGCGGGGCAGCUUUUAUGCAGGUGGUCGGCGAGCUUAAGUUAGGAGACAAACGCUGCGACAGCUUCCAAAGUGAAAAUGGACCAUUCGCACAAUGCAUGGUGGUGGACGGCUAUAUAGCUCUUGUCAUCAAGAAGAACGCUCUUGAAAUUGAGCGUUCGGGUCUACGGGACCAACGACAAGAUUUUCGGGAUAAACUUCAUCUCUUAAAUAAGCAUCUUCAGAAGCUCCGAACCCAACCUGGAACAGGAGCGCAAGAGCUUGAUACCAUUAUCUCGGAGGUCUGGGAUAUCGGAGAGGAAAUCGUGAAAGUGGACAAGUUGUUCGACGCAGUUACAGACCAGAUGGCGGCUAUCGCAACUGAACUGCUCAAGUGCCCGCUGAGUCGAUUGGCACACAAUCCUCUUCCUCUCACAUUUUCUGUUUCAUUUACCCACAUAUUCCAGGCUGGAAGAUUCUAUGCAAACCCUGCAAACAUAGCAGUCGUUGAACGGGCAAUCUGUCAACAUUCCCUCUUUUUCAUCGGUUUCAUUUCUGCAGAGCAGCUAAGGCUUCUCGACGUCUUUGUCCGGGACCAGAUUGCUGUAUAUGGCUUAAUCAACAGUAAGGCUUAUUUGUAA